AUGAAGCAACUGCCGCUGGUGCAAGGAGGAGAAAUCUACUACGUGGAUGGAACUUGCGUAGUUCCCGAAGUAUCUAGGAAAGUUUUCGUUGUCGAUGUUCCCCAACAACAGCAGUUAUCGGGUCCUCCACCAAGUGUUCCUCCUCCCAAAGUGGAUCAUAAUAUCUUGUUUGUGCGUCUUCCUGAAGGAGGUCUUGCACCUGAACCUAUCGUUGUUCCUCCACCCAGGCAAAACAACAUUGUCUACGUCCUCAACAAACAGAAUGAACAAGCUCAAAGAGUUAUUGAGGUCGAAGCUCCUCCACCGUCUGAGCCCGAAAUCUACUUCGUCAACUACGAUGAUGGAGAAAAUCCUACUCUUCCUGGAGGUAUCGAUCUUCUUACUGCUCUUGGAUCCGCUGCCGAGACUGGCGGCGAAGUAAUUGGUGCUUUAGGAGGCGAUGGUACCACUGGAGGUAUUGGAGGCGUCUCAGGUCUUCAAGGAGGAGUCACCGGACAAGGAGGCCUUGACGGCAUUGGUCUUGAAGGUGGAGUCGUCGGAGGUGCCGGACUGGGUGUUAGUGGAGGCUCCGGUGGUGUAUUUGGUGGAAACACCGGAUCUGGAAGCGGGUUUGAAAUUUCUGUAGGAAGUAACAGCGGACAAUUCCGACCGGAUCCCAGGGCAAUUUGGGAACUCCGUCAGGUCUAUAUUUGA